UGCUGCUGCAUUGCCUCUCUCCCCUCCCAGCUGUGUCUCAUAAACUGCUGUUGCUUUAACCACAGGUGUCCAGAGAAACAGCAGCUCUCCUCCUACGGGAUUAUGAUCCUCCCAACUGUGCACCAGAGACUCUGGACGACAAUGGCAUAGAUGCCACCAAAAGAAAAGAAGGAAGGAACCAAUUUUUUGGCAGAUACGGAGCUGAGUCUUUGUGAAGAAGCUGAAGGCCUUUCUGGAUCAAUAAUACCAUUUUCUGGCUGCAGAACUUCCACAUCCACAUCAGUUGGCAAAGCCCUUUGGGAAUCACAAUGAUUUUUUUCCGAUACCAGACAUUCAGAUUCAUCUGGCUUGCCAAGCCGGCUGGCCGGUACCUUCACAAAGAUCACCAGCUUUGGUCGCCUCUGACUCUUGCUGACUUUGAAGCCAUAAAUCGCUGUGAGAAGUCACUGCCUAAGAACUUUAACUUUGCUGGGGAUGUGCUGGACCAGUGGUCCCAAAAAGAGAAGGCAGGAGAGAGACCAGCCAACCCAGCCCUGUGGUGGGUGAAUGGCAAAGGGGACGAGGUGAAAUGGAGCUUUGAAGAACUGGGCUCCUUGUCCCGAAAGGCUGCCAAUGUGCUCACCGACCCCUGUGGCCUGAAGAGGGGAGACCGUGUGGCCGUCAUUCUGCCUCGUAUCCCAGAGUGGUGGCUUGUAAAUGUGGCUUGUAUGCGAACAGGGCUGGUCUUCAUGCCAGGAACAACCCAGCUGAGAGCAAAAGAUAUUCUCCAUCGGCUGCAAGCAUCCAAGGCCAAGUGUAUUGUGGCAAGUGAAGAGGUGGUCCCGGCAGUGGAGUCCAUCAUCUCAGAAUGUCCUGACUUGAAGAGCAAACUCCUGGUGUCUCCACACAGCCAGAGUGGGUGGCUCAGCUUCCAGGAAUUAUUUCAAUCCGCCUCUGCAGAGCACAACUGUGUGGAGACAGGAAGUCAAGAACCAAUGGCCAUUUAUUUCACCAGUGGGACCACAGGCUCUCCCAAGAUGGCCCAGCACUCUCAAAGCAGCCUCGGAAUUGGGUACACCCUCUGUGGAAGGUAGGGAAGAGAACUGUUCUUGCUAAACUCUCUCCUGAGCUCCCAACGUGUAUAUCCCACUGCCUAGCUGACACCUCCACUUGGAUGACUAUUAGAUUUCUCCAGUGUAACAUCCACAAAACAGAACCCCUAUGCCCUUCUCCAGGCU